GGAGAGUUUCCUCUUCUCUCACAAAUCGUCCUAGUUCCAAUGCCAGUUUACAUUUCCAUGUAAAGGGUCAUACAACUUUUACGGUAUUCAUCAACGUAUUUUAGCGGGCCAAGUGUUUUCCAUGUGGUUACUGAGCUAACUGGGAUAAAUAUAAACAAACUCUUUAACGGCGUUAAUGAAUCGCAACUAACCUUUCUGCUUGGGAUAUUUCUUCAACCUUAACAAAGGACAUUUUACACGAACCAUGAGCUCCCAGGUGAGACAGAAUUUCCACCAGGAUUGCGAGGCGGCCAUAAACAGGCAGAUAAACCUGGAGCUGUAUGCAUCCUACGUCUAUCUGUCGAUGGCGUACUACUUUGACAGGGAUGACAAAGCAUUGCCAAACUUUGCGAAGUUCUUCCGUGCCCAGUCCCACGAGGAACGGGAACAUGCGGAGAAACUCAUGGGUCUCCAGAACAAGAGAGGGGGGAGGAUCUUCCUUCAGGACGUUCGGAAACCAGAUCGUGAUGAGUGGGGGAGUGGCGUCGAGGCCCUUGAGUGUGCUCUGCAGUUAGAGAAGAGUGUUAACCAGUCUCUGUUGGACUUACACAAAGUCGCCUCCGAACGCAACGACCCACACAUGUGUGACUUCAUAGAGACACACUUCUUAGACGAACAGGUCAAGUCCAUUAAGGAGCUGGGUGACUGGGUGGCUAACCUGCGUCACAUGGGCGCCCCCCAAAACGGCAUGGCGGAGUACCUGUUUGACAAACACACACUGGGCAAGGAGAGCUCUUAAAGGGAACAUUUACACCCCCCGCCAUCGCCCCCUCUCUCUAACUUUCCAUGUUAUAUCUGCCUGUCACUCCUAUGCAUGUACAGUAGCUUCAGUCUGUCUAAAGUCAGCCAGUGCAGUACUUCUGUCAUUGGAUGUAUUGUUUUAACACAUAAUAGCCAUAAUGUCAACUUAAAAAAAAAAAACAUUGCCAGUACUUUAUUCCUGUGUACUCGUCAGCUGCUGAGAGCCAUAAGUAUCCGCUUAUAUCCGUUAUAUCCAGAGAAAGGCUGCCGUUAGAAAUACUAUAUACACUCAGGAUGCUGUCGGAAAAAUGAGUUGAUCUCAAUAAAA